AUGGUAAAAGGUUAUGAGAACAAUUUUUAUGUCAUGUCUGCUGACACGGAUGUCAAAAUAGCUGACAGUGUUGUAGUACCAAGUGAAGAAGAAGUAAAAGAAGAAAAAAAUUUAUUUAAUAGUGGAAAUGAUAAACUUAUCAAUGAUUUUCAAGAUCGUUGUUCAAGUUUAAAAUGUCAAGAUGGUGAAAUGUGUGUAUUAAAUAAAGAUGGUGAUGCCGAAUGUGCAUGUAUAAGUGAAUGUGAAGAUCCAAAAGAUGAGAGACUCAUGAUUUGCACAGUAGGAAAUCAGACAUAUAUAUCCGAUUGUGAAUUUCUUCAAAUGCAAUGUUUAUGUCGAAAAAAUGAUAAACGUUGUACAAGACGUGAUGCUAUUCAAGAUAAAAUUGAUUAUUUUGGAAAAUGUCAAGAUCUUGGUGUUUGUACAAAUCAUGAAUUAGAAGUAUUUCCAAAACGUAUGACAACAUGGUUAGGAGAAAUUUUAGAUGCUUUGUUUACUCGAAAAAAUCUUGAUACAAAAUAUCAGACAUUAGUUACAGAAGCAAGAAAAAUGAAAUUAUCAAAUACGGAAAAAUGGUGGAGAAAUGCUGUUUUAUGGGAAUUUUGUGAACUUGAUCGAACACAUGAUAAUGCCGUAAAUAACGAAGAAUUAGGACGAUUUAUUGCAUCAUUAAAAGCUUUAGAACAUUGUAUUCAACCAUUUUUAGAUGAAUGUGAUACAAAUGAUGAUAAAAAAAUUUCAUCAACAGAAUGGGGCACAUGUUUAGGUCUUGAUAAAGAUGAUAUGGAUUUUCUUAAAACAUUUUGUUCACAUUAA